AUCUCGCCCUAUCUCCUUCACCGACUUGGUUCCGCGUGCAAAUGGCCGCUGCCAGGCUUCUUCCGCGCCCACUGCUCCGCACAGCGCUACCCUCGCGCGCAUCACCACAGGCCUUUUCCCGCUCCCUCUCACAGCUGCCCAAGGUCGCCGCUGCACACAUGGCGCCCGUCAAUGGCUUCGUCGGCGCCAUUGGCAACACGCCCUUGAUCCGGCUCAUGGAGCCGGGAGGAAGCGUCAAGGACCGAGCGGCGCUGUACGUCGUAAAGGACGCCGAAGAAAAGGGCCUCAUCAAGCCCGGCGGCACCGUCGUCGAGGGGACUGCAGGCAACACGGGCAUCGGCCUGGCGCACGUCUGUCGGAGCAAGGGCUACAAGUGCGUCAUCUACAUGCCCAACACGCAGUCGCAGGAAAAGAUCGACCUGUUGCGCAUGCUCGGCGCAGAGGUCCACCCCGUCCCCGCCGUCGCGUUUGACAAUCCGGAAAACUACAACCACCAGGCCCGGCGCCACGCCGAGCGGCUCGACAAUGCCGUCUGGACAAACCAGUUUGACAAUGUCGCCAACCGGCGGGCCCACAUCGAGACGACCGGCCCGGAGAUCUGGGAGCAGACCGACGACGGCCGCAACCUCGACGGCUUCGUCUGCGCCACGGGCACCGGCGGCACCCUGGCUGGCGUGACGGCCUUUCUCAAGGAAAAGAGCCAGGGCAGGGUCAAGUGCUGGCUGGCCGACCCACCGGGCAGUGUGCUGCACUCCUACAUCCAGUCCGGUGGCGAACUCAUGGAUCGGCAGGGCGGCUCCAUCACCGAGGGCAUCGGCCAGGGCCGUGUGACAGACAACCUCAAGCCAGACAUUGAGAAGCUCGAUGGUAGCGUCCACGUGCCCGACGCAGAAAGCAUCGAGAUGGUGUACCGCUGCCUCGACGAGGAGGGCAUCUACAUCGGCGCAAGCUCGGCGCUUAAUGUCGUCGCCGCUGCCAAAAUGGCAAAAGCGCUGGGCAAGGGCAGCAACGUCGUCACGAUUCUCUGCGAUGGCGCCUACCGCUACCAGAACCGCCUCUUCAGCCGCAAGUGGCUCCAGUCAAAGGAGCUCGAGAGCGCCAUUCCUCAGCAUCUCCAAAAGUACAUUAUCCUGGAAUAAAUCAUACAUUCAAUCUCUCAUUGCAAUACACCUUCCCUACCUCUC